UAAGGACAGAUAUUGCAGAAUCGAUUGUCACAGCAGUGUUCUCGUCGCGCAAGAUCAUGAGACUAUUUGUGUUAAUCACUAUGGUGGUCACUGUUUGGGCCUCUUAUGAGGAGGAACACGGCGGUACAACUUAUCACGAAACAUCUAAACCAGUGGAGAUACCAAUCUACAAGAAAUACGCGAUACCAAUUCCCCAUCCGGUCCCCGUCCCGGUGCCUCAACAAAUUAAGGUUCCAAUACCUCAGCCCUAUCAAGUUCAAGUUCCAGUACCACAUCCAGUUCCUGUAGAAGUUGUCAAACACGUUGAAAUACCCGUUGAAAAGCCAGAGCCGUAUGUCGUGGAAAAAAAGGUACCAUACGUUGUCGAAAAACCAUAUCCAGUGACCGUAGAAAAGCAUUUCCCAGUGCCAAUACCUAAACCAUAUCCAGUUCAUGUGCCAGUGUACAAGCACGUCUUCCAUCAUAAGAGCUCAGGACAUGGCUGGAAGCAUUGAUUCGAUAACCCGGAAGAUUCUAUUUAAUAUUAUUAUGCCAAAAUUAAUGACAAAAGCAUUACAUAUGCAACAAUAGAUCGUAAGCAUUAUGAUAUUGUGAUGUUGUAUAUAGUUUGUUGUUAUAUAUGUAAUAUUAUAUAUAGAUUGUUGUUAUAUAAUAUUUGUUUAAAUAAAUUGUUUUUUCUGUUAUAAAAAUUA